CUACAUCUACAAAACAGUUUUGUUCAACACAUAUUAAUGAACAAGUUACUAGCUUUUCGCAUUCUAGUGUGUGUGAUUGGCAUUAUCCUUUCAAUAUACGCUUACUACGUGGAAGUGGCGAAAACCAACGACUUAUCGUAUGAAGCAUUGUGUGAUUUUAACGACGUCGUCAGCUGUUCUGCUGUGUUUUCCUCAAGGUAUGGCAAGGGGUUUGGCCUCCUUGAAUAUCUAGUCGGUGAAAACCACUUUCUCAACCAACCCAACAGCUUAUUUGGAAUUGGAUUUUUUUCAAUUCAAACGUUGGGAAUAUCUCCCAUGAACAAGACAUUCAAUUAUUUUCUUUACAUUCUUACUGGGGGAGGGGUCGUCACUUCUAUAUAUCUCGCUUGCAUUUUAAUAUUUGUGUUAAAAGACUUUUGUGUUCUUUGUGUAUCAACAUAUGUGUUAACGAUCAUUCUUCAUUACUUAAAUUAUAAAUUACUUCACCAUAAUGUCAACAGUCAUAAAAAGAUUAAUUAAUUAAUCGUUUCAAAAAGACCUAAUUCUGU